AUGGGACCUUUCCCACCCUCACAUUCAAACAACUAUAUUCUAGUGGCGGUUGACUAUGUGUCCAAGUGGGUGGAAGCUGUGGCUACCAAUGAUGCCAAGGUGGCAUACCGGAUAGCUUACAAGACUCCCAUUGGCAUGUCCCCUUAUCAGUUGGUCUGUGCCAAAGCCUAUCACUUGCAAAUUGAGCUCGAGCAUAAAGCUUACUGGGCAAUCAGGUAUCUGAAUCUUGAUUCAGAAGCUGCAGGAAUUAAGCGAAUGCUUCAGUUGAAUGAGCUUGAUGAAUUCAGAUAUUCAGCCUAUGAGAAUGCCAAGCUCUAUAAGGAGAGAACCAAGUUAUUGCAUGAUAAAAAGAUUGCCAUCAGAGUCUUUGAGUCAGGACAAAGAGUGCUUCUGUAUAAUUCAAAGCUCAAAUUCUUUCCCGGGAAGCUGAAAUCCCGGUGGUCAGGACCGUUUGUGGUUACUAGAGCUUCACCAUAUGGUCAUGUGGAAAUACAGUAA